AUGAACCCUGUUUACAGCCCCGUCCAACCUGGGGCUCCCUACGGAAACCCGAAGAACAUGGCGUAUACAGGUUAUCCGACGGGCUAUCCCACCGCUGCCCCAGCCUACAACCCAAACAUGUAUCCAACCAGCAGCCCUGGCUACGCCCCAGCUACACUUCUGAUGAAGCAAGCCUGGCCACAGACCUCCUCCUCCUGUGCCACGGAGGGCACCUUCCACCUCCCGGUGGACACUGGGACCGAGAACAGAACUUAUCAGGCUUCUUCUGCAGCAUUCA